AUUUACUGUACUUAAUUCCUUUGGAAUAUUCUGUAUUUAAUUAAAACAUUCUAUUUAAACAAAUAGAAUUGAAUGAUUUGUAUUUUACAAUUGACUGUUGAACAUCAUUUUGAACAAAAAAACAAAAAUCUCAUGUUGUGAAUCAAUUUCUGAUUUUUUGAUCUUAUUCAAAAUUUACAAAAUCAUUAAAAUAUGGUGAUAGAAAAUGAAGGAAUAAUGAAAAAAAAUCCAUAUAAAAUGAAUGUCCCAGUGAAUUAUGAUGGUGCAGUUGUAGGUUUAGCUAGACGAUCUACAUUAUUUCCAUUUACAACACCAUUACCAGGAAUAUCAACAGCAGCUGUACAAUUAGAACAUUUAAUAGGAAGAAAUAAAAAAUGGACAUCAGCUGGUUGGAAAUUAAGUUGUGAGUCAGGAUUAGUAUUUCGAACUCAUUUACAAGAUAAAGAAUAUGUUUAUUUAAAUGCAGCAGAGUUUGGUGAACUUGAAGUUGUUCGAGAUUUAUUGGAUGAUAUAAAACUUGAUGUAAACUGUGUAGAUUAUAUGGGACGUAAUGCUUUAUUACUGGCAAUGAAAAAUGAAAAUCUUGAUUUAGUGGAACUAUUAGUGAAUAGGUUAGAUUUUUAUGCUGUUGAAGAUGCUUUAUUAAAUGCAAUAAGCCAACAAAAAAAUCAUUUAGUUAAACUAAUUGUUGAUCAUCCACAAUACAUUAGAAUGGAAAAACAAUGCAAAAGUAAAGUGUCCGGACCAUCAAGUGGAACAAAUAAUCGUGGUAAACGAUCUCAGUUCUCUUCAGAUAUUUCACCUUUAAUGCUUGCAGCACAUAUUAACAAUCAUGAAAUUAUUCAAUUAUUACUAGAUAGAGGGUUAAAACUAGAAAUGCCACAUGAUCGUGCAUGUUCCUGUUUGGAGUGUGAAACUAUUCGUGCUGAAGAUUCAUUGAUACUAGAACAACAACGCUUACAUACCUAUCAAGCAUUAUCUAGUUCAGCUUAUUUAGCUUUAACUACAUCUGAUCCAGUAUCUACAGCAUUUAUUUUACGUAAUGAACUUUAUCAAUUAGCUUCUCAAGAAAAACAAUUCAAAGAAGAAUAUUCAGAAUUAGCAGUUAAAUGUAUGGAUUUUGCAAUAAGUUGUGUAGAUCUCUGUCGUACAUCAGAUGAACUACAUUGUUUAUUAGGUGGUACAAUAAAUUCAAAACCACAUGAUCGUGGAAAUCCUUUAAACACUAUCAAGAAUGCAAUUCAGUCUCAUGAAAAAAAAUUUGUCGCUCAUCCAAAUUGUCAACAUCAAAUGGAAAAUUUAUUUUAUAGUUUAAUGUUUUGCAUUCGAGAUUUUGAAGGUUUACAAAGAUUACAAUUUGUGAUUAUAUUUCUCUCAUUACUGCCAUUUUUGUACAUUAUCUACUUAUUUUUUCCACAUUUUAAGAUGCCACUUCCACAAAGUUUAAUAUAUCGUGACCGAAGUGUUACAAAAUAUGAAGUAACAGAAAUACUACGAUGUCCUGUGACUAAAUUUCUUGGUCAUAUGGUUUCAUACUUAACAUUCCUGAUAUUAAUUACUGUGGCCACUUUUCGUUUGGAUCGUACAGCAAUCAGUGAUGGUGAAGACAAUUGGGAAGUUAGGUAUACAGAAAUUUUAAGCUAUGACUUUAGAACAUCUCAUGUGGUCAUGACGAAAAUUCAAAUAAUAUUACUAUUUUGGAUACUUGGUCAACUUUGUAUGGAAUGUAAACAAGUUUAUCAUUAUGGACUACGUUAUUUUUUCCGUAGUUAUUAUAAUUUUAUGGAUUGGGUAUCUAUUGCCUUAUAUUUGGCAUCAUAUUCAUUAAGAAUUAUUGUAGACUUUAAAGUUCAAGCAUCAAUGAGACAAUAUCAAGAUGUACUUAAAGUAGCUCAAUCAAUUCUGUUAAAUACUACAUGUUCCACUUCAAAAUUUUGUUCUACUACUGAACAGACAACACAUCAAAAUUAUGUGAAUUAUCGAAAUAAAAUAUUAAUUCCAGAAUCUGCUUAUUGGUUAAGAGGAUGUCGGUUAUGGUGGGCUCCAGAUGACCCAGAGUACAUUUCUGAUUGUCUAUUUGCUUUGGGUAAUGUUUUAUCAUUUUCAAGAAUUAGUUAUCUAAUGCCAGCAUGGGAAUUACUUGGACCACUUCAAAUAUCUCUGGCUCGUAUGGUAUCAGAUAUCAUACGAUUCAUGGCGCUCUUUACUGUGAUGGUAAUUGCAUUUGUCGUUGGUUUAACUAAUCUCUAUUGGUACUUUGCAAACAUUAUUGUAUCCGUUGAUGCUCAAGGACAAUUAAUUCGUUAUGCUAGUGGAAUACCAUCAUUUAAAAGUACGGGUGCUACUUUUCAUACAUUAUACUGGGCUUUAUUUGGACAAUCAUCAACUAAUGUAACAACCAUUGAUGAAAAUCUAGCCAGUAUGUACCCUGGCCAUGAAUAUUUGGCAGUAGACAGUAGUCCAUAUAUCGUAAACAGUCUUGGUAGUAUUUUAUAUGCAAUAUAUAAUGCUUGCAUGAUUAUCAUUUUGUUGAAUAUGUUGAUCGCUAUGAUGAGUAAAUCAUUUGAUGAGAUACAGGGUGACCGUUUAGAAGAAUGGAAAUUUGCACGAGCAAGUUUAUGGUUAGUAUAUAUUGAUCAAGAAGGUGUACUUCCGGUUCCAUUAAAUUUAUUACCAUCACGAGAAGCAAUAACAUCAUUAUUAUCACGAUUUUGUAGUAUAAUACAAUGGAAAAAACCACAAAUUUAUACAAAACAUCAUUGUGAUUUACAAAAAAAUGAAAAUGCUAUUAUAUUCAAUCAAACUAUACCAACUAAACAUCAUUCAGUGAAUACACAAUUUAAUCAAAAUAUUCGUAAAACUCAUACAACUACUACUGUAAGCACUUUAUUAGAUACAAAUUCUAUACAUUCAAAUGAAUGGACAUCUGAUGGAUCAGAAAGUGAAAAUGAAACUGAAAAAAUUCUUAACGAUUAUAAGCUUCAUACUGAUACUAUACGUGCUGAUGUUAUGCGUCGGUACUUAUUCAAGUUACAGAAACAGAAAGAAGAAGAAUUAAAAUCUGGAGAAUUUUCCGUUAUGAAUAUCCACCGGCAACAGAUACAAAAAAUGAUGGAUCAUGAAGUUAAACGUAAACAAGAAUUAAACCAAGAUAAAUUGUCAAGAAAAGAAAGCAAAACUCAGGGUGAUGAAGAAAUUGAUGAAACACCACCAAAGUCAGCAACAGAAAUUGGUGAUGAAAAUAGAUUGAGAGGUUUACGAAGUCUUUUAAUGCCACCGUCUAUUCGUAAAAAAUUAGAAGCUGUUGCAUCAGUAAAUCAUUCAGGUAAUGAAUCAGAAAAACGAGAAGCUGCUGAAGCAGCUGCACGUUUUUAUUUACUUCAAACAACUAGAAAAGCAUAUGAUACUAAUAAAUUAAGUGGUGAAAGUUUUAAAAGUCGUCAAUCAUAUUCCAAUCAACCUAAAGAUGAAACAUUUACAGCACGUACCGAGAGACCAAUUAAAGGUGUACAUCUAAGAGAAUUAUAUGGUGUUGAACAAGAAAUGCAUGAUAUGUCAGAAGCUCUUUCAUCUUAUUCAUUAUCAGAAGCAACUAUUUCAGAAUUAAAUGAAUUAGAAACUUACUAACAUUUUACAACAUAAUGAUGUACAUUGAAUAUUAACUAUUAAAAAAUAAAUGUUAAAAUCAUCUUAAUCAAAUAUCUUUGUAAGUUACAAAAUUAUAGUGAAUAAUUAUACAAACAUUGUUUAUAAUUUUCAGAUUUCAGAUCUAAUUCACAAUUCAAAAUAUUCACUUCAUAUUAUUCUCUUUCUUCUUAUUAAAUAAUACAAUUUCCAUGAAGAUUUUCAAUUUGUAAUACUUUUCACAAUUUGAUUUGUUUUUUCAAAGUAAAUUAAUGUUUUCAUCUUCUAUUUCGUUAACAAAUUAGUUACUAGAAGUAGGAUUGAAUAACAUGCAACAUAAUUCUUAGUAAUUACUACUACUACUACUACUAUUAC